AUGAAGGGUGUAAUGAAGUCGCCGCCGCCGGCGCAGGGUUUUCGGUACAACCUCCGGAGUUUGAAGAAAAGGGUUUUUCCGGGAGGCAGUUCGUCGGCGCGGGGGUUGAAACAGUUGAAGCUUUCGGCAGCGGCGCCGUCGGGCAAAGCGAUUUCAGCUCCCGCCGAGCAAAAUGAGAUUGAUGGGCAAGCUGACACCAAAGGCAAAGGCAAGGAAAUUAUGGAAAUUUUGGAUGUCGAUAAUCAAAGUGGUGGACCCUUGGACGACGAAAAGGCAAAUGGUGUGAAUUUUAAGAAAUUUGAUACUAUCGAGGACUGCUCCGACCACCACUAUGCCGAAUCUAAUAGUUCUACAGAAAAAAUUGAUGAGCAAGCUGACAUUAAAGGCAAAGGCAAGGAAAUUAUGGAAAUUUCGGAUGUCGAUAAUCAAAAUGAUGGACCUUCGGAUGAGAAAAAGGCGAAUAUUGUGAAUUUUAAGAAAUUUGAUACUGUCGAGGACUGCUCGGACCACCACUAUGCCAGUUCUAAUAGUUCUACAAAAACAGUGAAUCAGAAAUGGGCCAAGAGAAUACAGGAAGAGUGGAAGAUUCUAGAGGAACACUUACCCGAUGCAAUAUUCGUGAGGGUUUACGAAUCUAGAAUGGAUCUCCUGAGGGCUGUGAUUGUAGGAGCCAAGGGCACACCGUACCAUGAUGGCCUCUUUUUCUUCGAUCUUCACUUGCCGGGCAAUUAUCCCGAUGCACCUCCCAAAGUCUAUUACUAUUCGGGUGGGCUUCGCUUGAAUCCCAACCUAUACGAAAGUGGGUAUGUAUGCUUGAGCCUCCUCAACACUUGGAGUGGAAGAGGGAACGAAUUGUGGAUGAAAGGAAGCUCGACUCUACUGCAGGUCUUGGUUUCAAUCCAAGGGUUGGUUCUAAACACCGAGCCCUACUUCAACGAGCCCGGAUAUUCAAGCUCAAAGGGCACAAAGCAUGGUGACGAGGGCUCUUUGAGGUAUAGCGAGACGGCAUUCAUUUACUCCCUCAAGACAAUGGUGUACUCCAUGAACAAGCCUCCAAUGCAUUUUGAGCCGCUUGUAGUCGAGCAUUUUGUCGGCCGCGCGCGGGAAAUCAUGUCAUUGUGCGUGGCCUACUCGAAUGGGGCCCGUGUGGGCUCACUAGUCGAGGGCGGAGAUGGCCACCAAGAAGCCAGCAAAGCCAAUGUGGGCUGCUCCGAUCAUUUCAAGAACAACCUAAGAGGGUUCGUUAAGACUCUGCUGAACCCACGCGCGUCCGAUCUGCCCCUGGGCCUGCAACUGCCGUUCGGUUUCUCCGGCGCGCGGAUCGAGGCGUCCAGGACGUUUGUGCCCAAUUAUGAUUAUGAUAAUAUGGUUGAUGAGGAUAUCGAUGAGGAGGAUAGCGAUGAGGAUGACGACGACGUAGACGACGCUGAAGCACAGGAUUACAGUGGGUCAGAUUUGGACGAUGAAGACGAUGACGGUGAUCAUCCCCGUCGCCGGAGGUGA